AAUGUGUCUGGAAAGAUGGCGGUCAGCAUCCGAGGCCGUCCUAUCCGGAGUAUACGGAUGCGAGGACGGAAUGACAGCGGGGAGGAAAACGUACCGCUCGAUCUCACCAGAGACCCCGCUGACAACCUGCGCGAAAUCCUUCAGAAUGUGGCGAAGCAGCAAGGCGUCUCCAACAUGCGGAAACUGGGCCACUUGAACAACUUCAUCAAGCUCCUCUUCAAUGUAGGCCACUCCGAGGACAAGUUUGGCUUCACUUAUGAAGAAAUCAUCAUCUGCUUGCGGCUGGCCCUGCUGAAUGAGGCCAAGGAGGUGCGUGCUGCUGGCCUCCGCGCGCUCCGCUACCUGAUCCGAGACACCGCCAUCCUCCAGAAGGUCCUGCGUCUGCAGGUGGACUACCUGAUAGCCAGGUGCAUAGACAUCCAGCAGAGCAACGAGGUGGAGCGAACACAGGCCCUGCGACUGGUGCGCAAGAUGAUCACUGUGAACGCUCUAGUCUUCCCGAGCUCAGUCACUAACUCCCUCAUAGCCGUGGGCAACGAUGGACUACAGGAAAGAGAUCGCAUGGUGCGAGCGUGUAUAGCCAUCAUCUGCGAGCUGGCGCUGAAAAACCCGGAGGUGGUGGCCCAGCGGGGCGGCCUGAGCACCAUCCUGAAGAGCGUCAUCGACUGCCAGCUGAGCCGCAUCAACGAGGCGCUCAUCACCACCAUCCUGCACCUGCUCAACCACCCCAACACGCGCCAGUACGUGCGGCCUGACGUCGAGCUGGAGCAAAUCCUUGCACCUUACACAGACUUCCACUACAGACACAACCCUGACACAUCGGAGGGACAGCUCAAAGAGGACAGAGAAGCUCGCUUUCUGGCAAGUAAGAUGUCCAUUGUGGCCUCCUUCCGCUCCUGGUCAGGCAUCAUUAACCUCUGUAAAUCAGGCAACUCCGGAAUCCAGUCCCUGAUUGGCCUGCUCUGUAUACCAAAUAUGGAAGUGAGGAGAGGGUUGCUGGAGGUCAUGUACGACAUCUUCAGACUCCCCGUUCCCGUCGUCACACAGGACUUCAUCGAGGCACUGCUCAGUGUGGAUCCCAGCAGGUUCCAGGACAGCUGGAGACUCUCUGAUGGCUUUGUGGCCUCAGAGGCCAAAAUUAUUCUCCCUCAUCGAGCGCGGUCAAGGCCAGACUUGAUGGACAACUACCUUGCUUUGGUACUAUCUGCCUUCAUUAGAAGCGGACUCCUGGAGGGUCUGAUCGAGGUGAUCACCAGCAGUGAUGACAGCAUCUCAGUACGAGCUACCAUUCUCUUGGGAGAACUUUUGCACAUGGCCAACACUAUUCUCCCACACUCCCAUAGCCACCACUUGCACUGUCUACCCGCCCUCAUCAACAUGGCUGCCUCCUUCGACAUCUCCCAGGAGAAGCGACUACGUGCGAGUGCUGCCGUGAACUACCUGAAGCGUUUCCAUGAGAAGAAGAAGCGUGGGCCUAAGCCCAGCAGCCUGUACCUGGACCACAUCAUCCGCCAGACGGUGGCAGCGCACUACUGCAGAGAGCAGCAGCUCCGGCCCCAGAGGGACAUCUUCAGCAUCAAGGACACUGAGGAGGCACUGAUGGCCAACCUGAGGGACAGCCACAUCCUCAUCCACAAACAGAACCUGGACUGGAACUGGGUCCUCAUCAGCACCAUACUCAAGUGGCCAAAUGUAAGCCUGCGGACCAACAAAGAUGAGCCGAUGCACAAGUUUGUGCGGCGGCUGCUGUUCUUCUACAAGCCCAGCAGUAAGCUGUACGCCAGCCUGGAGCUGGACCACAGCAAGGCCAAGCAGCUGACCGUGGUGGGAUGCCAAUUCAUUGAGUUCCUGCAGGAGUCAGAAGAGCAGGACAGCCAGGGCUAUCUGGAGGAUCUGGUGAAGGACAUCGUCCAGUGGCUCACGUCGUCAUCGGGCCUGAAGCCGGACCGCAGUCUCCAGAGCAACGGGCUGCUGAACACGCUCAGCCAGCACUACUUCCUGUUCCUGGGCACCCUCUCGGCCCAUCCCAACGGCGUCAAGAUGCUGGAGAAGUGUGGCGUCUUCCAGUGUCUAUUGAACCUCUGCUCUCUGAAGAACCAGGACCACCUGCUGAAGUUGACCGUGUCCACGCUGGACUACGGUCGUGAUGGCCUGGCUAGGGUCAUCCUGUCCAAGAUCCUAACUGCAGCCACCGAUAACUGCCGUCUGUAUGCCACCAAGCACCUACGUGUUCUCCUGCGCGCCAAUGUGGAGUUCUUCAGCAACUGGGGCAUCGAGCUGCUGGUCACCCAGCUGCAUGACCGCAACAAGGCCAUCUCCAUGGAGGCACUGGACAUCCUGGACGAGGCCUGCGAGGACAAGGCGAAUCUACAUGCACUUAUUCAGAUGAAACCAGCACUUACCCACCUGGGUGACAAGGGCGUAUUGCUUCUUUUACGGUUCUUGUCUAUCCCAAAGGGCUUCUCCUACCUCAAUGAGAGGGGAUACGUGACAAAGCAGCUGGAGAAAUGGCAGAAGGAGUACAAUCUGAAAUACGUGGACCUGAUUGAGGAGCAACUAAAUGAAGCUCUCACUACCUACCGUAAACCAGUUGAUGGAGACAACUACGUACGCCGCAGCAACCAAAGGUUACAGAGGCCAAAUGUUUAUCUGCCAGUGCACUUGUAUGGGCAACUCGUCCACGAUAAGACCGGUUGCCACCUAUUGGAAACCCAGAAUGUGGUUCCUGACCUAAGCUAUACAGUGAGAUCCCCUGUGCUGGACAAAUGGGAAGGCAUCAAGCAGCUGAAGGCAGCUCUCUGGGCACUGGGUAACAUCGGUUCGUCUAACUGGGGCUUGAACCUGCUCCAGGAGGAGAAUGUCAUCCCAGACAUAGUUGCUCUGGCCCAGCACUGUGAGGUUCUAUCAAUCCGAGGGACGUGCCUGUAUGUGCUGGGCCUGAUCUCCAAGACCAAGCAGGGCUGCGAGCUGCUCAAGCAGCAGGGCUGGGACGCGGUGCGGCACAGCCGCCGCCAGCCGUGGCCCGUGGUGCCCGACGAGGUGGUGGAGCAGCAGCAGCACCAGCACCAGCAGCACCAGCAGCACCAGCAGCAGCAGCAGCACCCACACCACCACCACCUGCCCACCAGCCUGCUCUCCUCCGUGCCCAGCACGCUCAGCCUCAACUCCGAGUCCACCAGCUCGCGGCACAACAGCGAGAGCGACUCCACGCAGCCCAGCAUGUAUAUUCUGGACGAUGAGAAGCUGGACGGGUGUGAGCUGCCAGAGGACCAGCCUCUGUACAUGCGGCCCAAGCUGAUGAAGGACCGCAGCCCCUUCACCAUCCUGGCCUCCAGCCGCUUCGUGCGCAACCGCUUCCUCAUCUCGCUGUCGGGCAAGAAGCUGCGCAGCACCAGCGACCCCAAGGGCGGCGGCCUGGGCAAGACCCAGUCGGAGCCCAAGCUGGGCGGCCUGAGGCGCAACCGCACCGUCACCGAGCCGUCGGCGUACUCGCCGGGCGGCGACGUCUUCAGCCCCGUCUUCCCCCCGUCCGACGGGCACCUGAUGCCGUGCAGCCCCACCGUCAGCCUGGAGACGUCCUUCGUGGGCAACAAGGCCGGCGAGCACCAGGGCAGCACGCCCAGCAUCAGCGAGCUGGAGGAGCGGCUGCCCAAGUCCAGCAGCGGCGGCAUCGGCGGCGACGGCGACGGCGGAGUGGGCGAGGCCGGGGUUACCGCGGCGACCGUGCCGCCGGCGAUGGAGCAGACGAGCCGGGAGAGGCUGGCGGGCGGCGACGGGCCGACCAGCGGCGGCGGUGGCGUCCACUUCAAGAGCCGCAGCCAGAGCUUCAACACGGACACCACCACCAGCGGCAUCAGCUCCAUGAGCUCCAGCCCGUCGCGCGAGACGGUGGGCGGGCCCGACUACCCGGGCAGCGCCGGCACCACCACCACCACCACCACGGCCUCCUCCUCCCUGGCGGCGGGCGACGCGGACUGCGCCAGCCUGGCCACGGUGGUGAGCGUGCAGACGCUCCAGACGCUCCGGUCCCUCCAGGCGCCCGCGCCGCCCUCCAACGCAGCCAACCACCUGUCGCUCUCCAAGUCCAGCUCGGCGCUGCUGGCGCCGCCGGGCUCCUCGCACACGCUGCCGCGCCGCGCCCAGUCGCUCAAGUCGCCCUCGGUGGGCGCCAUCGCCAGCCUGACGGACUGCAGCGGCGGCAGCAGCUUCGUGUACACCAGCCCGCGCGACGCCCUGGGCUACGCCACGCUGAAGCGGCUGCAGCAGCAGCGCCUCCACGCCUCGCUCUCGCACAGCGACGCGCUCGCCUCGCCCGCCAAGGACGUGCUCUUCACCGACACCAUCACCAUGAAGACGGGCAGCCUGGACUCCAGGCUCACGCCGCGCAGGUACACUAAAAAACGCUUCAGCUGCCUGGGCCAAGGCUCAACAGGGGCCCACCGCAGGCAGCCCAGAACGCUCCUCCCACGGUUCCUGAAGGCCCUGAGUUUUGCUUCUCUGGAUAAGGAGGACCUGCUCAGCCCGAUCAGCCAGACCUCUCUCCAGCGCUCCUCCUCGGUCCGCUCCAUGGUGUCCAGUGCCACCUACGGCAGCUUGGACGACUACAUCGGUCUGGCACUGCCUGUAGACCUCAACAACAUGUUCCAGAUCAAAGAGACACCAUAUUUCCAGAAGAGAACAAGCCCACCAUCUGAGGACCGAUCAGCCAAGUUUUUUGCAGGAGAAUCUGAUGGUAGUCCCAGUGAAGGCUCUCGGCACGCUGUGCUGCGCUCCCAGCUGAGCAUCACGGAGCUGAUGUCGGCGAGCCGGGCCGACCAGCAGCAGCUGCUGGACCUGGAGGAGACGGGCCUGCAGGAGCACAGCGAGGACAACUGCCUCUACUGCGUGGGCCUGCAGGUGCUCGGCUGCCCCGCCAACAACUCCAGCUCCACCACCCCCAACCGACCAGAAUAUGCUGAUGUACCAUACUCUGAGUGGUGCACACAGCCCAUUCAUAAUCAGCUGGAGGUGAUGCCCCAGUCCAAGUUCUCUGGAGUGUCAGGCUGUAGCGACACCGUGUCCCAGGGCUCAGUGGGCAGCACCCGCAGCACAGAGCUUGUACUGGGAGUGAAGAGCAUCCCCGAGGACGCCCCGGCCUGUAGGGUCCUGCUCAGGAAGGAGGUCCUGCGACUGGUCAUAAAUCUCAGCUCUUCAGUGGGGACCAAGGGCCACGAGACUGGACUCCUCACGAUUAAGGAGAAGUUCCCGUAUGCGUUUGAGGACAUCUGCCUGUACUCGGAGGUUUCCUACCUCCUGGCCCACUGCAUGUUCAGACUGGCCUCCCGCCGCUUCAUCCAGGAGCUCUUCCAGGAUGUGCAGUUCACGCCGCUGUUCGAGGAAGCGGAGAGCAUCCUGUCCAUGCCGCCAAAGUUCGGCACAGUAGAGCCCUCUGCCAAAUCGUGAUUGCCCCAGCCUCCACAAGCACCCCACCCCCACCCCCUUGUAUCCUGCCUGGCCCACCCUCCCCGCUCCCUUUGCUCUGUCUCUUUUCCAGGUGCGGUGCCCAGUCUACGCCACACCAUGCCCCCACCCACCCACCUCCUCCAGCCUCCCAAUCUUCUCCCUCUAAUCCAAAGCCUGGGAGCACUUGUUACUGCACUACUAAGGUCCUAGGCUAACGAUAAGGCUAGAUGGACAGAGAAAAGGAUGGCGAUUACAGGACGAUGGGUGUAGAAGAGACGUCUUUGAACCGUGUUGUGGCAGACAGGCAUGUUGUGGCACGGAGGGUUCCUUAGAGAGAGAACAUGAAGAUUUUUUUCCUUUAUGAACAAAUAGAAGAGGGACAGAGGAUUGCUAUGACAAGAGAGUGACUCACUGAAAACUGUAGGUGUUGCAGAGCCACUUGAAGUGAGUUGUAACCAAAACAGAAACUUGCACCAGUCAUCUGACAACCGAAGCACUGAGCCAUUUUGGUCCAUUUCCGGGCCAUGCCAACCACUCUGUAAAAAUUCCAGAUUGUUCCAAACACAGAAAACAAACAAAAAAGUUCAAACAUGAAUCUUUAUCCAUUCCUGAUCAAUUCUGUCAAGGUUUCGGUCUUCCUUCUGCCUUUCUCUAAACAGUUGCAUCCUCUCAUGGAUUGAUAUGAAAUGACUGAACAAAAUGGCAUGUUUCCAGCUCUACUCUUUCUCUGUAGCGAACUUGCAAAGGAUUAACACUACAAGGAAUUCCAGCUCAUUUGUGUGGAUCGCUUCUUAACCGACGUGGCCCAUCUGUGUCUCCAUUAAGAGGCUUAUUUAUUGCUGAUGGGUUUUUUUUUUGUUGUUGUUUUUUUGAGUGAUGCACUUUAUCGAAGAACAGCAAAUGUUGUGCGGUGUCUCGGUACAUCACAUUUAACCAAUCAGACGAUCAGUGGACAGUGCAGAGUGCUUUCACAUUAGAACGGCAGCCCAACCAUGGAUUUUUUUGACCACAUAAACAUUUAAGUAUUAAGUUAUUUUUUGGAAGAACACUUGGUUGGUUUAUUUAUGUGUAUGCGUGUAUAGUCUAUGGCAGCCAAGAAUAAAGCUUUUUAAAGCUUGCUCACAUACCCCAUGGGUUCCUCAAAUUUUAUAUCUUACCAAUGAGGUUGUUUCCUCACUUUCCCCCUGAAAGAUGGUUUGAAAGUGUAUUAAUUUGGGAAAAACAAAGCCUGGUGUGUUUUGUAUCAAUGAACUCUCCUAUCAGUUUUGAGCCCCAUCCAAAAGUGUAUUAGUUUUGGAAGAAAUUGCUAUUCACUCUGAUUAUUUCCCAGUUCUGGUUAAUUGUCUGGCACAAAAGCCACAAUGAAUUCCCAGAACUCAUGAGGAGAUACAGUAAGUGUCUAGUAUGGAUUGCAGCAACAGAUUCCCGAUCUUCAUAAAUGGUCUUUGUCAAUUCAUAAUACACAAAGCAGCAGUUUCUUUUUUCAAACCAUGCAAGCUAUAAUAAUGAUAAUAAUAGUAAUAUAUCUGUUCCAUGGCACUUUCCAGUAUUAUAGUUGCAUGGCUGAGAGGCCAAACAUUAAAAUUGCGUCUUCAUAACUGUCUGCAUUUGAAUGUAAGAAUCCCUUAGUGCAGAUACAGGUUCCCCUUUGACGAUGGGGACUUCUGUACAGUACGUACAUUUCAUCUGUCUCUGCUCAAACCAUCAUCAGCUUAUUUGGGUGAUGCUUGUUGAUGUAAUACAGGGAAAUCGAUCAAAGUCAGGAGAAGGUCAUGAAUAUUAUGCUCAUGCGUAUUUGCCUUGCUGGUAUUGACUUGUAUCUAAAAUGUAUAUAGAUAAAAACAAUAGGAGGCAGCUUCCCUGUCCAUUUCAAAACAUAAAUGCUAUGCUCAGUGCACCUUUUAAUGGAUUUUCAGUAUAAUGUAAAAUGUAAAAGAAAUCCGAAUAGCACUGCCUUUAACUUGCUCAAUUGAACAACAGCUGUAAUGAACAAUGGGGUGCUUGAGAUUUCUUGGCAAAUUAUUCCAUAUGGUACAGUAGGUUAAGACACCAAGCCCGGUCAGUUGACUGUAUGAAGCAGUGCUUCCUUUGGUUCACUGAAACAUUUGUAUGCCUUUUCAUUGCCAAUUGAGAAGCAUUGCGACAUUUCAUUUAGGUUUGUAUGCCAUUGUCAUACAAUCUGGCCCUUCCUGUUAUGUUUGGACGUUAAUUAUUUAUACUCAGAACUAUGCAAUGUUUUAUUUCGUAAUAAACAAAUAUAUUUCCUCAUUAAUUUGGUGUCUAGAACUGAGGGAAUUUACUUUUUUUCAUUCUGUAACGGCUGGACCUAUCAUCUAGUUCAAGGGAGCUUUUUUGCCCUUUAUUAGUUUUUAUUCAUAGUAGUAAUGGGUUGUUAUUGACCUUUAUUUAUUCUAGAAUUGUAGAAAAUAAGCAGUAACUAAUUAUUUGUUUGCUUUGGUUCCAUUAUUUUCUCCUUGCUACCAACCCAGGAAAGGUCAUGACUCAUGACUCAUUUGUGCAUUGAUUUUGAACUUGAAACUGUUCUUAUUUCUCUACUCUUGGGCAAUACAUUUUGUUAUUUUGGGAACUUGUGACUUACCAUUUGUGUUUGGGUGGAUGGUGUGCAAUCACUGCAUAAGAGGAGGAUGCAUUAACUGCUACUCUGUUCUUCCCUUUUUUCCCGAAAUCAACUCCUGACAUUCACCUGUGUUUGCAUAGUUCUACAUUUUACAGUAUGUGCCUGCAGUUAGGGUUGUUUGAAGGGAUGCCAUGCCAAAUCUGCUAGUCAUAAUAGUUUGGAUAAUUGUCAUACUUGUUCUUUAAUACUGAAAGGUACUAGAGUGAUGGGCUAGGAGGAAAUGUAAAUUAAUGUAGAACAAAACAUUUUUAUUCUGCAAAGCCUAAAAAUCACACUUCACGGUUUUAUUGCACAUUAUUUAGUCAUUAAUUUGAUGUUAGAAACUGAGUGAGAGCAUUCAGGAAAAAAAUGCCUGAUCCGAGGGGCCAAAAAAAGACACUGCUAAUGUUAUGUCGAUCUCUACCAUCGUCAAUUCUGAUAUUACGGAACCAAUUGAAAUGGGUGUACUGUAUGUCAACUGUAAAAGAUGGGAUACGAAAGAUUGCACCUUUGAUGUUCCUUUUCUAAGUUUGUAAUUACCUGUACCAUGUACUUAUGACCUUAUAGAGCACUGAAUAGGAUGUCAAAUUUGUUCUUUAUUGCACAAUAGAGAACUGAAAUUGAGCAAUGGACAUAAAAGUGUUAUUUAUAUUAUUUUGUUUUUCCUUAAGAGAAGUCUCCUAACAGAUGUACAUAAUUUUGAUGUUUUCUUUUUCCCUAUUUGUGGUUUCCCUUGUAUAAAUAUAGGCCUACUGUAUGUUUUGGGGGCUUUUAAGCUAUGGUCACAGAUGAGCCUCAAGGAACUUUCUCAUCAAAGGGAUGGAUGCAUUGUUCAUAAUUAAAAAGAAAAAAACAUUUA